AUGGUCAUUACGCGUUCGAGGAAGGCAGCGUCGGUGCAGAGCGACGAGGAUAGGCGACGUUAUCUGGCUGAGGGCGCGGCGGCCGCGGAAAGGGCUGCCCGCGCCGAAGCGGAAAGGGCAGAUGGCGCCGAGGCGGCGCGCCCGCUACUGACACCUAUAUCGUCGGCCGACGCGCUUAGCGAUCGUCCGCGGGCCGCUAGCGCUGAACCGUUUGGCGCGGCGACCGCAUCACAGAAUACCUUCAGGCCACAAGGGACCCCCUCGCAAGAUAAUACACUGUUGUGGAGCAGGGAGCUCCGCAAGCGGUUACGACGACUUGCGAGGCCCACACCGUUACCAGUGCGACGGGCGAAGGCGAAGCCCAAAGAUGUCGCAUCUACGCAGCAACAGGGAGUCACUAUGGAGUCGAGCACACCGUAUGCCCCUGCACCCAGUCAAUCCGUACAUUCGUGCGCUAGUACGGUCAUCGAGGCUAGGCUCUCUCAAGUCGAGCUUGAAGCGAGCGAACGUCUAGCGGAGAUACAGCGAAAGGAGUUGCAGAUCGAAGCCGACUUAAUAAAGAAGAGGCUAGAAGCACAAAAAUCGCAGAUUCGAGCGGAAGGAAGUGUAGGCGCAGUCUCAGUCGUAGGGGACGUCGAGCCACAACGGAAGCGGAUCCUGAAGUGGAUAGACGACUCUCAGGACGAUAAGCCGCUAACCGAACAUAUCGAGAAGAGGUUAGCCAACGAGCCACCACCGGACUACGAGACUCCUAGACGGCCUACGCGGGACGAGCGACAUAUGCGACGCCGCUCACCGAGCCGCGAGGAGCGUCAACAGCGAUCGGAAUCGCCACCGGAGGAGCCCCGUACGCCGCACACGGCGCGUACGCAACAUACGGAAGGCACAGUUGCGGAGUCUAUGCUGCACUUGUUCGAGAAGAUGCAGAUGGCGGCUCGCCCGGCACCUAAGGAUAUCUUCGAGCUACCUCACUUCUACGGCGACGUGAGCGAAUGGCGAAGUUUUUACAAUACCUACGUCGAGACUACGAAGCGCUACAAGUUUACCGACUACGAGAACGUUGCAAGACUGCGUAUGGCGUUACGCGGGGACGCUAAGAUGUGCGUGUCACAUGUCCUGUCUACAGCUACUCGUCCAGACAUGGUUAUACGUAUACUGAAGAAGCAGUUUGGCCGAAGCGAGGUGCUUUUGGAUAAAGCAAUCGAGGACCUACGAAGACUGCCACCGUUGGGGCCGAGUGCGAACGACCUCAACACGUUUGCAAUCAAGAUUAUGAACGUCGUAUCUACUAUCAUGGACAUAGAUAGAAGACACUACGCCGACAAUCCGUUGCUGAUACGAGAAGUAACCGACCGUUUAUCGCCUCAUCUACGAAGCAGAUGGUGCGACUACGCCAACAGACAUCGAGAUACUGAUGACCCCGAGAUCCUGCAGUUGGCUGAUUUCCUAAUGGAAGAGAGCGAGCUAGAGAUGUCGUUCUGUCACGCUCGCGCGCCGGUGAAGCGCGCGCAGGGACCGACGACAGCACCGUUCGCGCGCGCGCCCGGCGCUAGACUGAACGCGCCCGCGCCGCGCAACUUCAUCCCUACUCCAGCUCCGGCCGCAAAUCGAUGCAGCGGAGCGCAGAAGGCUACGUACGCGGCUCGACAAAUCACCGCGAAGAGCACGUGUCUGUACUGCGGUGGCAAUCACAUUACUACAGAUUGUCGCAAGCUGGCCGCGCAGAGUAUAGGCGCUAGAUGGGAGUGGGCAAGACUCAACCGUAUAUGCUUCAGAUGUAUGGACGCGAAACAUUUGAAGUCGCAAUGCAACGCGAAAGGGUGUGGCGUGACAGGCUGCCCGCACACGCAUCAUCGUUUGCUGCACGCCGAGCCUAUGCAGGCUAGCAAUAAUAACAGCGGAGCUACGAUGGCGGUAGCUCAAUCGACGCAUCGAGUGGUCGCCUCACCGAGAAUGACGUCAUCGUUUGCGGCAGCGGCCGAAUCGGAGCCACGGCCUACAGAACGAGAGGACAACGACCCGCGCGUCUACGUGUCGUCAACCCCAAAUUUCAACGUGCUACUGAAGGUGCUGCCAGUAACCGUCACGGGGCCGAAGGGUACGGCUCAAAUAUUCGCAUUCCUCGACGAUGGGUCAACGCUUUCAAUGAUCGAUCAAGACGUCGCGGACGAAAUCGGAGCAGUAGGUGAAGACGAACCUCUAUGUCUACGAGGUAUAAGAAACCUGAAGCAUACGUCCAUCACGCAAACUGUAAAGGCGCAAGUGGGACCACUACGAGGAGGCACCGUGCACGAAAUCGUCAUGAAAACCGUAGAAGGACUUGGAAUACGAUCGCAAUCACUCAACAAGGCCGAGUUGAUGAAAUACAAGCACUUAGAAGAUCUGGGCGACGAAUGCUACGUGGGUACAGGAGUACCGCAAAUGCUGAUUGGAGGCGAUUUCUGCCACCUGAAGACCCCCAUCGAGAUCAGGCAGGGCGGAGAAGACGAGCCAUGCGCGAUGAAGACACCCUUAGGUUGGGUAUUUUUCGGGCGCAUGCCGCGCAUCAUUCGUACAGUCGAGCAAACCGUACUUCAUUGCCGCACAGAUGACGACGAGUUAAUCGAUCAAGUGAAGAAGCAUUGGUCGAUUGAAGCGUUAGGAGUAACGAAUAAAGAAAACGUCAGUCCGAGCGAUCAGCGAGCCAUCGACAUUUUCAACGCUACAGUACGCAAGACCGCAGCGGGCCGGUACGAGGUCGGUCAACUGUGGGCGACGGACAACGUAAAGCUACCACCGAGCUACGUCAUGGCGCGAUCCAGAUUACACAAUUUGGAGGUGAAGAUGCGGCGCGAUAAGGAUUUCGCUGAAGAUUACGAGGCCCAGAUACAGAAGCUGCUACAGAAAGGAUACGCGGAACGUAUCAUGGAGCCGCCGCAAACCGACCGGACUUGGUUUUUGCCGCACUUCAGCGUUUUCAAUUUAAAUAAAGGCAAAAGAAGAGCCGUUUUUGACUGCGCGGCAAAAAGUCAAGGAAAUAGUCUGAAUGACUAUAUUUUAUCGGGGCCAGACCUACUACGGAGCUUGUUAGGAAUCCUACUACGAUUCCGCGAAUGGAAUUUCGCGGUUGUCGCGGACAUUCAAGAAAUGUUCCUACAAAUCCAGAUGCGAGAAGAAGAUCAACAGAGCCAGCUCUUCUUAUGGCGCGGUACUAGAAGAGAUAUGGAGCCUCAAGUCUACAAACUGAACAGAGUUUGCUUUGGCAACGUGUCAUCGCCUUUCCUAGCGCAUUCAGUGCGCAAUAGGAACGCAAUCGACAAUCGGGACAAAUAUCCGGACGCGGUCUACGAUAUUCACCACAACCAUUAUAUGGACGACUACGUGGCAUCGUACGAGACCGAAGAUGAGCUGCUACGGGUAUCGCAACAAGUGCGAGACUCGCACGCGGAGGGCAGCUUUUAUCUACGAGGCUACGCGAGCAACAGUACGCGAAUGUUAGCGAGCGUCGAGCCUGAAUUACACGCAGCGCAAGGACCGACGCACCUGGGCGAAGGUCAACCUACGGUUCUAGGCAUGACGUGGGACCCUAGAACUGACACUUUGGGCUACAACACGAAAAUGCUGCGAGUUCCCGAGGCUGUGAAGCUACAGGAGCGGCCGCCGACGAAAAGGGAGCUACUCAGCGCGAUAAUGUCCAUUUAUGACCCUAUGGGACUUAUCGCACAAUACGUUAUCAGCGCGAAGAUAAUAUUUCAACGAGUAUGGACGAAAGGUACGACGUGGGACGCACCGCUAGAAGAAAAAGAAGCCGAGGACUUUUUUCAGUGGCAGAACGCACUGAAACACGUAGCGGCGCUACGCAUACCUAGGCGGUAUGAGUCACCGGGCGGAGCUACGAAAUAUACGCUACACAUAUUCACCGACGCGUCAACUGAAGCUUAUUGCGCCGUGGCAUAUUGGCGUAUCGAAAAUUUAGAAGAUGUACGAGUCAGCCUAGCAGCGGGCAAAAGCAGAGUCUGCCCCCUGAAAGUACUGUCAGUACCACGAUUAGAGCUGACAGCCGCAGUUAUUGGAGUUCGACUGGCCGAGACGAUUAAAAAGGAGCAGCGAUACGACGUCAAGAGGACUAUCUACUGGACAGACUCGCGAGUAUUGCUAGGAUGGAUUAAGGACGACGCGAGAAACUACAAGCCGUUCGUGUCACACCGUUUGGCUGAAAUAGCUGAAAAAUCGGACCGGCGAGCGUGGAUGUACGUGCCAACCGACGUGAACCCCGCAGACCACGCUACGAGAGGAAAGCCGGCAAGAAAAAUCACCGCACACGACGAGUGGUACAAAGGACCGUCAUUUCUUUACCGACCAGAAACGGAGUGGCCGAGUCAAGAAACAGUCAGACCGACUGAAGACCUUCCUGAAAAGAAGAGCGGAGUCAUAGUAGAGACUACGUUAUCUACUACUACGUCAAAGUUAGAUCCGUCGAGCGUGCUACCGGAUAUACGACGCUUCAGUAACUACGAUAGACUGAUAAAUUCGACAGCCUACGUACUGCUUUUCAUAGAGAAGCUGAAAACCAGAAAUAAGACGCUACAACUGCAAGUGAAGCACAUAAAGCGAGCCGAGCAUAUGUGGCUUCAGAAUAGCCAGCGACGAAGUUUUCCCGACGAGCUACGUACACUAAGCGCAGGACGUGAUUUGGACAGGAAAUCGCGAAUAUAUACUCUAGCACCCGAGCUGUGCGACGACGGCGUGCUACGCAUGAAGACAAGAUUGGGAAACGCUCCAGUGUUGUACACAUCGGUACGACCCGUAAUACUGGACGGCAAGGACUCAUUUACCAGAUUAAUGGUCCAACGCGCACACAGGCGAAUGGCGCACAUUCACAACGAGGCGAUAAUAAAUCAGCUACGUCAAGAUUACUGGAUCCUACAACUACGACCUACCGUGAAAGCUGUAGCGCGAGACUGCGCGCUGUGUAAGCUACGUCGAGCUUCACCGCGAGCGCAGCCCCUUGGCGAUCUACCACCCGAGCGGCUACAGGCUUACCAGAGGCCAUUCACCUACACCGCGCAAGACUACCUCGGGCCUAUGUACGUGACCAUAGGACGACGACGAGAGAAACGCUGGGUGUGUCUGUACACAUGCCUAGUAACACGGGCUAUUCAUUUGGAAACAGUACAUAGCCUGUCGACCGAUAGCGCUUUACUGGCGUUAAGGCGCUUCGCCGCACGAAGAGGAUGGCCGAGCGUUAUGUACAGCGACAACGCGACGUGCUUCAAGGCGGCAUCGAACGAACUACGCGAGGCCUACAGGCAAUGGCUUCCGCAGUUGCAACAGUACGGCGUACAACAACGUAUGGACUGGAAGUUCAUCCCCCCCGGCAACCCAUCUGCAGGCGGAGCCUGGGAGCGGAUGGUACGCACCGUGAAGACAGCGAUGCUCUAUACAUUUAACACUAGAGCGCCAAAAACCGAAGUGUUCGAGACUCUACUGGCAGAGAUCGAAAACAUCGUCAAUAGAAGGCCGUUAACGCACGUGAACGUCGAUCCGGACAGCGAGGAAAGUCUCACACCUGCGCACUUUCUUCUACUUCACAACGCGAACCUACCAAUGAUUGGCGCUUACGACGAGAACGACAAGCGACAGUGGAGGGCUGCCCAGGCGCUAGCAGACCACUUCUGGCGGCGCUGGACCAAGGAGUACUUUCCACUGCUGGCACCGCGCAAAUCAUCCGACGACGGAGGACGACAGAUCCGGCCGGGAGAUGUAGUCAUCAUUUCCGAGCCCAGUGGACCACGCAGCGUGUGGCCUAAAGGAGUCGUCGAGACCGUCUACCAUGGACCCGACGGACGGGUUCGCUCCGCAGACGUCAGGACGAGGCACGGAACGCUGCGCAGGCCGAGCUGCAAGUUGGCAGUCAUCGCGUCGCAACCCAUGCACCAGGAGUCUUCGACUGCGGGGACAAAAUGUUAG